AUGCAAAAUAACUUUAAUAGAAAAAUAUAUUUUUAAUUGUAGAAUAAGUAUUUUGCAAAGAUAUUAACUGAUCAAACCAAGGAAGAAUUUCAUAUUCAUUUAUUGACUUGUAUACAUGCAUUAAAUAUGAUUGUUAUUAUGAUUUUUCAUUAGGGUUUAUUUAAAAGCUAAUUAAUUUUAGAAGAAAGUUAGAAUUAAAAAAAGGAAUUAAAAAAGAUGAAAUCUCUAAUGAAAACCCAUUUUUAGCUAAAUUUUAACUUCAUGGUUACAAGACCUUAAUCCACUAUUUAUUAAGCAAUCAAAUUUGCAUUUCAAUGA